UAGCAUUCGUCUGCUACAAGACUUAAUGUUUACGGUUAAAGUCCAACUUCGACGAUUUAUUGCAGCACGGGGCCACCUUUAACCCCACACCUGCUAAAACAAUUGGUCACCUGACUAAUUCUCUCAUAGAAAAAAAAGUAUAAAAGACAUCCUUCUUCCCCUCUCGGGGGAGUCGCUGAUCAGAAGUCGAUCGAAGUGCAUGAGAAGCCGUCUAAUCUGGCCAUCUCGUCAAACCUAUCCCGAACCCAUCGGACCUGUACCAAUUUACCGACUUUGCUGGAGAAAUAUCACCCUGAUUGACUCUCAGGAGAACACAAACUCAAGAUGAAAGCGAUAAAUUUAAGCGAACCGCUUCCAGCUCCUUUUCAAUUCGAAACUAUUAUCGAUAAAGAAGAUGUGAAACGAUUCUAUCGGAAUUAUUGGCAUUAUUCAGUCUACAUUGCUACCAUCUACCUGAUAACCAUCUACUUUCUUCGUGAAUACAUGAAGACCAGACCUGCCUUCGAGCUCAAGCGUGCUUCCAUCGUUUGGAAUGGGAUCCUCGCUCUAUUUAGUAUCAUUGCGACUGUAAGAGUAUUUUCAAUAAUUCUGUUUGCAUUUAGUCAUUACACGUUUUAUCAUAUCGUUUGUGAUAAGAUGCUUACGGAACAAUCUCCACAGUUCAUAUUUUGGGGUACAUUAUUUCUGUUUUCAAAAGUAUGGGAAUUGGGAGAUACUGUUCUAAUUGUACUGAGAAAAAGAAAUCUGAUGUUUCUGCAUUGGUAUCACCAUGUGGCAACUUUAAUCGGAAUGUGGCACGGUGUGUAUAGGGAAGCAUCUUUCGGAACUUUAAUAAGCUAUACAAAUGUUUUCGUGCAUUCGUUUAUGUACAGUUAUUUUGCUCUAAAAUCAAUCGAAGUGAAGAUUCCUGUUAAAUUCGCAAUGUUCAUCACGGCCAUUCAAACAUUACAGAUGUUAUUCGGUGUUCUUCUUUCAUUCUGGGUAUAUUGGCUUCACGUAAAUAAUUAUGAAUGUGACACUCCUAAAGAUGUUCUCGAAACGGUUUUCGUGAUAUAUUUAUCAUAUUUAUUCUUAUUUAGUUACCUGUUUUAUAAUUCUUACAUUAAAUCUCGUUCAAAAAAGAAACGUGAUUAA